AGCUGCAACUUUUAGUAGGUGUUUUUACUACUAUAUUUUAGUUCAAGUUUCCUUCAGAAAUACAUUGUUGUUUUGUUAUCUCUGUAGACUAUUUAAUUUGCAACACAGACAAAUCAUAUGAGUGUGUAAACUUUAAGAUUAAACUAAAGGGAAAAAUGCAUUCCUGGAGCACUUGCUAAUAACAUUUCAAGUGUUAACGGGUGCGCAGACCUCCCAGCUGGAUUAAGGCCAUUCGGACACCACCACUUUACACUGCAGAAUUGUCCAAAAAAUAGUUCACACCCCAGAUGGUACUUUUAAGUCAAACAUAAAAAAUAGAACAAAACAGAUGGAUUUCUCACAUUCAUAGAGGCGUAAUUGUUCUACCUUUUUAGAGAGAGUAGUGGAGGCAUUAUGCAUUUAUAACUAUUUGAGGUGAAUUAAGGAUAAAUUAGUGUUAAUGAAAUAAUGCUGCAAGGCACUGGAACACUCUAUUGAGAGGCAGAUCUGAGGAAGAAACAGAAUUUUGCUUUUGCCCUGAUACUAUGAACUCAUCUGGUAAUUUCAGCUGUAAAACUGGUAGCUCAGUCCUUUGAUAUGACCAAUGUCCUGAGACACUGUAUCCAGCAUACUUGAAGUCAUUUUUUCAGCAUUACCAACUUAGACUUCAGUCAAUUCCUGUGAUUGAAGCCCAUUGGUUGCAAGAUUUCUCAUUUAAUAAUUAAAGGAUUAUAGCUUCUUUAUUUUUUAUUUUGAUAAAAUUAUAUCUUCUUAUUUUUUAUUUUGAUAAAAUUGUCAGCUUUCAUUGAGAAUUGAUGAACAGUGAAACCUUUUUGUUAUGGUAGCAUAUAUCAUAUGUAUAUAUUUUAAAUCUCUUAAAUCAGCUGCAAAAAGAAUUGCUUUUAAGAGACACAUCAUUUGCUUGUUUUUCAUCACCAUAGAGGAAGGUAGUUAAAAAUUUGUACUGCAGGUUGUCUUAAACAGAAUUGUAGGAGUGUCCAUGGCAACAAAAUAAAAUUGGAUAUUCUUGAUUUUUGUGUGUGUGUACGUGUGCACCAAUAGAUAAAAUUCAAUUUAUUUGACAGAAGUUGUUUGCUCAAACUAGUUUAAAGCCUGUUUGUCUUCUCUCGUUAAAAGCUAGUCAAGAGAAGCCUGUUGAGUUAUGGAGACAUUCUACAGCACAGAGUAGGCUGUGUUUUGAAGCAGUGUGGGGGUUUCUGCACUGCAGUUUAGUUUGUGCUUAUUGCACCUUUGGAUGCGUCUGGGGGUAACUGUAGGUUAUGGGCGUGAAAUCCACAUAAAAGCUAAUGAAGAAGAUGGAGAAUAAUCAGUUAACUGAUUAUUUUCUAGCAGAAGCAAAGUGCUGCUGGGAUAGUUCAAUUAAAAUUAUGAAAUUUCCAAGAAACCAAAUCCUGUUAGUGCAGGUGUAAGAGUUAAUAUAUAUUUCAUAGUUAGAAGUGUAUGCAUGUUAGCACUCAUUAAAUAUAAGCAGGCAUAAUGAAUUAGUCUAGAUUAUAGGUGAUAAUUCUGCCAGUAUUAAUGCCCUUUUCACCACCCUAUAAAAAAUAACAACGAAAACCUUUUAAUUUGUUUAGUUAGCAGGAGACUGUCAGGGUUGCUUAACCUUAAGAAGUGACUUAGUAUAACUAACUUCAGGUGUGUGUCCUUGCUUUGGCUGGGAUAGAGUUAAUUUUCUUCAUGGUGGCUGGUAUGGUGCUGUGUUUGGAUUUAGGAUGAAAAUAAUGUUGAUAGCACACUGUUGUUGUAGUUGUUGCUGAGCAGUGCUUACACAGAGCCAAGGACAUUUCAGCUCCUCGCGCUGCCCAGCCAGCAAGGAGCUGAGGGGGCACAGGGAGCUGGGAGGGGACAGAACCAGGACAGCUGACUCUGGCCCACGUGGACGUCCCAUAACACGUGGCGUCACGUUGAACAACAGAACUGGGGGAGCUGGCCAGGGGGACUGCUGCUUCUCGGGAACUGGCUGGGCGUCAGUCAGCUGGUGGAACAUCAGGAUAAUGGAGGGGCUCUUGCAUUACAUAAAUCCAGCACAUGCCAUUUCACUUCUAAGCGCACUGAACGAGGAGCGUCUAAAGGGACAGCUAUGUGAUGUUGUGCUUAUAGUAGGAGAUCAGAAAUUUCGAGCUCAUAAAAACGUUCUAGCUGCCAGCAGUGAAUACUUCCAGACCCUGUUCACAAAUAAGGAGAAUGAGUCUCAGUCAGUGUUUCAACUCGACUUUUGUGAACCAGAUGCUUUUGACAAUGUGUUAAACUACAUUUAUUCUUCAUCCUUGUUCAUAGAGAAAGGCAGUCUUGCAGCUGUGCAAGAGCUGGGCUACAGCCUUGGAAUAUCCUUUCUUACAAACAUUGUUUCUAAGAGCCCUCAAGCUCCCUUUCCAUCUUGCCCCAUUAAGAAGAUACUGUAUCAAGAUGAAGAUGAAAGUAGUUCUCAGAAGAGGAGUGUCAUUGUCUGUCAGAACAGAAGCGAUGCACAAGGAAAGAGUGUAAAUCAAAUGCAGCAUGAUUUAAGCCAUACUUCUAAACCUUUACCCUCUGCUGCUAUCAAAAGUAGCAUUAGACCACAAGUAGCAAAACCAACUGAAACCCUUCACAAUUUAUCACUGACUGAAAGGAGAUGGCUGAAGGAAAACCCUGGGAGCUAUACCAAGUUUCACGAAACUUCUGGAACUGCAGAGGAUCAGAGCAGAGGGGGUUUAGUGAAAAGGAACACAAUGUUGCCUCAAAAACCUUUAGCAGAGAAAGAAAUUGCAAGUGAUGAACCAGGAAGCAGUAGUCAGCUUUUAAGAGGAAAGGCUGCAGAGUUAUUAAAAAGACCACGUCCGCCAGUCUUAUCUCUGCGUGGCUCAUCAGAAUCUGCAUUUUUGUUACGAGAGGCAGGAAAAGGAAAUGGUCAAGGUGAAGAUAGGAAUUUGCUGUACUACUCAAAGUUAGGACUAGUAAUCCCAUCUAGUGGAUCUGGUCCUGAAAGCCAAAGCAUUGACAGAAGUGGUCCACUCGUAAAAAGUCUACUUCGAAGGUCGCUGUCUAUGGACAGCCAGGUUCCUAUUUAUUCACCUUCUGUUGACCUAAAACCUUCACAGGUAUCAUCUUCCUCCUCACCAGGAACUGCUGAUUCCCAGAAGAUAUUUAAUGUUGCAUCUCAAAAGUCAUGCUUGAAAGAGUCAUCGGAGAAGUUAGUCUUAGAAGAAAAGCCACAGGUAAUGCACCCACAUCGCCUUAGGUCUUUCAGUGCCUCUCAGACAACUGAUAGGGAAGUUUCUUCCCCUCUCACAGAGGUGCGAAUAAAAACCGAACCCAGCAGUCCACUUUCAGAUCCAUCUGAAAUAAUAAGAGUUACAGUGGGUGACACAUCAGUACCUACAAAUAAAGACUUUCCUUUUAAAACUGAGGAUGAUCAAAAGGAACCAAGUAGACUUCCAGCAAAAAGGAGAUUUCAAGCAGAUAGAAGGCUACCAUUCAAAAAACUCAAGGUGAAUGAAGAGGGUUCUCCUGAAUCGGAAGAAAACUUCGAGGAAGGCUCAAGCCCUACGCACCUUGAUGCUGAUUUUGCUGAUUCUGAUGUCAGUAAAGAUGAAUACAGUGAAAUGGAAGAAGCAAGACCAAAUAAAAAAUUUAAAUGCAAACACUGCCUUAAAAUUUUCAGGUCAACAGCAGGUCUUCAUCGUCACGUUAACAUGUAUCAUAAUCCAGAAAAGCCCUAUGCUUGUGACAUAUGCCACAAGAGAUUUCACACAAAUUUCAAAGUGUGGACACACUGCCAGACACAACAUGGAAUUGUCAAGAAUCCCUCACCAGCUUCCAGUUCUCAUGCUGUUUUGGAUGAAAAAUUCCAAAGAAAACUGAUCGAUAUAGUGAGAGAGAGAGAAAUUAAAAAAGCUCUAAUAGUUAAACUAAGACGUGGCAAGCAAGGCUUUCAGGGACAAUCUACUUCACAAGCACAACAAGUCAUCAAAAGGAAUUUAAGAUCAAGAACCAAAGGAGCCUAUAUUUGUGUCUACUGUGGAAAAGCUUAUCGUUUCCUCUCACAGUUCAAACAGCAUAUAAAAAUGCAUCCAGGAGAAAAACCAAUUGGAGGAAAUAAGGUUCCUAAGCAGAAAGACCAUAUUCAUAUUGAAAGUCAUGUAGAAAACAAGGAAGUUUAUCAGUGCCGUCUCUGUAAUGCUAAGCUCUCUUCACUUAUCGAACAGGGAAAUCAUGAGCGACUCUGUAGAAACGCUACUGUCUGUCCUUACUGCAGCCUUAGAUUUUCAUCCCCAGAGCUGAAGCAUGAGCACGAAAGCAAGUGUGAAUACAAGAAGCUUACUUGUCUUGAGUGUAUGCGCACCUUCAAAUCAUCCUUUAGUAUUUGGCGUCAUCAAGUUGAAGUUCACAAUCAGAACACGAUGGCUCCAUCAGAGAACUUUUCUUUACCUAUCCUGGAUCACAAUGGAGACAUAACUAGUUCAUUAAGAUUGCCUCCUCAGUCAGAAUCCAACAAAAUAAACAAUUUUGCUGCAAAGGAAGACGGAGUAUUCAGUGACUCGUCAGAACAGAUUAAUUUUGAUUCUGAAGAUUCCUCUUGCCUGCCUGAAGACUUAAGUGUUUCCAAGCAGUUUAAAAUUCAAAUCAAGGAAGAGCCUGCAGACGACGUAGAGGAUGAGGUCACUGAGACAAGCAGAGAACCAAAGGAAGUAGUCUCCAACAAAGAUGCUGGUUUGUGGCCCUGUGAAAAGUGUGGGAAGAUUUUCACUGUACGCAAACAAUUGGAGCGUCACCAAGAGCUCUUAUGCUCCGUGAAGCCGUUUAUUUGUCACGUGUGCAACAAGGCCUUCCGAACCAAUUUCCGGCUCUGGAGUCACUUCCAGUCCCACAUGUCGCAGGCUGCAGAGGAGUCCACAAAUAAGGAGCCUGAGGUAUGUCCACCAGCUAAUUCCCCAUCACCACCACCUUUACCUCCGCCCCCGCCACUACCCAAAAUCCAGCCUUUGGAGCCUGAUAGUCCAACAGGCUUGUCUGAAAGCUCCACUACUACUGAAAAAUUGUUUGUGCCGCAGGAGUCAGAUACGCUCUUCUAUCAUGCUCCACCACUCUCAGCAAUCACAUUCAAAAGGCAGUACAUGUGUAAACUCUGUCACAGGACUUUCAAGACAGCUUUUAGUCUUUGGAGCCAUGAGCAGACACACAAUUAGCUUUCAGAGAUACCUUAAAAAGCUGAUUUGGUGGAGGCUGUUUUCAGGAUCUCGGAUGUAUGCCACGUAAACUUGAAAUUUAAGAGGAUUAAAACAACAACGACGACAGAAGAUUCUGAAUUUGUGAUGCUGCUUGCAUUUGCAGAUUAAGGUAAACUAACUUUGUUAGUAGCUAGAAAGCUGGGUAAUUAAAGAUAAUAUGGACUGGGAUCUAAUAGUAACAGAAUAAUUUUGAUUUCAUUUAACACUGAAAUGCGAUCGCAUCUGGAUUGUAUGCAUGGAUCUUCAUCCUGUGAUGUUGGUGUGUGCGUGUGUAUUAUAUAUAGAGUUAUAUAUUAAAUGGAAGAGCAACAAAAAUUUGGAUUCUAACUGUGAGUUUAUAGUGGUGAAAUACUGUAACCAACUUCAUUGUUUGUUGUUUUUUUGUUUUUUUUCUUAAAGAAACCAACACAGAAGCUCCAUAUAAAUAGCUGCCAUGCACUUGCAGUUAGAGAGGAAGUGGAUGGAGUGUCUUAAUGUAUUGACUUAGGUCUUAGAGAUCUUUAGCAAUAACGAAUAAACCUCACGUUUCAGUAAUCCCGAUAUUAUUGGAUACGAAUGUUUGAUAUUUUAAGGGAACAUAAAAUUGUUUUGUUGUUAUAUGGAACUUGUGCAAAUUAAAGUAGAAUUUAAAAUCAGCAAUAUUAUUAAUAAGAUUUUAUAUUAAGAAAACAAAAUAGCAGCAAGCCUGCUUUCAGCCAUUUAAUUAUAAGUUUCUAAGGAGAAGUGGGGGGUGGGGGUACAUCGCUUUAUAUAACGUCCCAAAGACUAAUUUACUAUGAACAUUUCAGUAACUAAAGUCAUUGUAUGGACAGCCAUCAUAAUGCAAAUGUUACUGUUUGUAAUACGAACUAAGAUUGGAUGGAUGUCGGAUAACUAAUUUUGUUUCCUCUGUUUGUACAACUGUUUGUAAUUCUAACUGCAAAGAAAUGUAGAACUAUUAAGAAGCAAAAAAAAGCUUGGUAAGGGAUAGAAGAUGACUUGUGUUCCUACACUCAGUGAUAAGCUUGGCCAUGAGUACAAAGAUAAGUUUUAACAUAAAGUAAAAAUGUAAAUAUUUAUAUAGACAUCUGUAUAAAUGAAGAAGUAUGUAUUUGAAAUUUGUAUUAAGCGUGCAUAUCCAGCUCAAAGCAGAGGGAAAACCAUCACAUUGCUAUCACUGUAUUUUAUGAAUACAACGCUUAGAAUAUUUCUUUCUGCUGCUUCCUAUCCUUUGUGGUACUGUGUAGCAGUUUUCUUAUCUGCUGAAAAUCAUGAGAAUAAUGUGCUGCAGAUACUUUGUGCAGUUCCAUUAUUUUACCACAAGUCACAACUGGAGCAUUUAGUAAAAGUCGAAUCAUAGGUAUUUACCAGAAACUACAGCAAGGGUCCAAAAUUACUUUGUUCAAGGAAAUGUUUACCCAAAAGUUGUGGUAAAUUAAGUGAAAAAUUGUUCUACUGGAAUUUAAACUUCAUGGAGUAGUGCAAUGAACAGUGAGAACAUCAGUGAUGCAAAUGGUAUUUAUGAUUCUGACUAACUUUACUCUGGAAGUUGAGGGACUGGGGUUGCAAUCCACACUUAUCUAGUCAGAGCCCAGUCUUUGCUCACUGAGAAGAGCAAGAGUUUGGUCACCAGUUUCAGUGGGAAUAGGAGUGAGGCUUUCAUGCUAUAUGACUCUAAUAGUGCUUUUUUUUUUUCAGCAUCCUACACUCAAAGUUAGAAAGUAUUGCUUGCUAGUACCAGCAUUUAGCAAAAAUAAAGCACCUGUGUAACUUUAGGAUCUGAGGACGAGCACCCUCAUUUAGGCACACACCAGAAAAGAUUUUUCUCAAUUGAAGUCCAAGUGUGCCACUGUUAGUUUUCUCCCAACAGAAUUUUUUAGUGUUUUUCCUUCAAUUAAGUUUAAAAAUAUAGGCUCCGUAUGGACCACCGGCUUCCUUUUUUUAGCUACCAAAAAAAAAAAAGCAGUGUUAUUUUCAAGCCUCUCAGUUCAUUUUUUUGAUGGCAAUAUAAAAUUGUUGCUAAACAUUCUUUUUGUUCUCUUCCAGGCAAACUUGAUCACAACUUAGUCAUGUUAACCUGUCACUAUCAGUUAAGUUCUUAAAAACCCUGAUAAGACUAAAUUUAUUUCUUACAAGAAAAGUGAAAUGCAUACAGCUCUUAAGUAACCCGAUUUAACAAAAUGAGAAAAACGUAUAGACUUCCUCAGUAUGCUUUAAAUGUACUUAAGAAAUGUGUGCAUAGAAAAUAUGAAGAUGUUCUCGUAAACUCAUACCUAAGUUUUCACCAGUUAUUCCUCUUCCCAACAGCAUAGUAGUUCAUAUCCAGCCUUUCAAAAAUCAGGGUGCUUUCUAAAAGAAAAUGGCAACUAGUCAACUAUGUUACAGUCAUUGAACUUCCAACUGGGAAUCUGAUACAUGGUGUGAUGAUUAAAAAAACCCCACGCUUAAAAUGAAAAGCUCAUACAAUAUCUUUGAAGAAAUGACCUUCUUCCUAGCACGCUAUGUAUUAUAUUUAAAAAGAAAAAAAAAAAAAAGUUGGGUCUAAAUAGCUUCUUCCUAAGCGUUUCUUCAGAUUUUCUUAAGUCUCUUUUUAACUAUAAGCGUGUUCCGUGUUUAGUUCAGUUUUUUACAUUCAGUUCCUGCUUCAUAAGGAAUUAAGGAUAUCUGAAGUUUAAAUAUGAGAUGUUUAUAUAGUAGUUCUGGUUUUCUAUUAGCUUUUAUACAGUACCUUUAAAAAAAAAACCCUUGAUAGAAGUGUUUAUUUUGGAGGAUACGGAAUAAAUAUGCUUCCACUUAUAUAACUUUAAUAUAUGUUUAAAAAGUUAAAUUAUGGAAAAAAAUGUUAGUUGUUUGUUUAUAAAUAUCUUCUGAAGAGUGUCUAGCUUGGCCACAGCCAAAAUAAAACGCAAAUUUAUUGAUA